AUGACUUCUUCAGACAAAUCCGCAGGCUCAACACCUGAUUCUCCUUCAUCUUCCUCUGAACGGCGACAUCGUCGUCAGAGCGUUGGAUUUCUCUUACCUGGAGACACUGGCCUGAGCUCUGGUCUGCCCAGCUCAUCUUCUGGUGCAGAAGUUGAUCUUCUUGCAACUGAAUCUGUCAACACCACCACACCUACUCCAACAUCUCUCACCGAAACGUCACCUGGUCUUCGUCGAGUUCAUGGGACCACAAACUUGAAUUCACUAGUCAACUAUCCUCAGACCACAGACUCUCCUGAGAGUGAACCCAACCUUGCAACCACAGCAUCAGAGGACGACUCGCUUGAAUCCGAUCACCAGGUCACUGAUCCAGUCAACAACCAGGCUGCUACUGCAGCAACAUUCUGGACUGAUGAACCUGGGUGGAGUUUUGCCCACAUUCACGGUGUGACAGCAAACUCAGCACAAGAUCAGCCAAAUCCUCUACCAAUCCCAGCAAAUACGCCAGUCACUGGCACCGUACUUGUUUGGUCUGAUGAGCUAGGUUGGGGUUUUGGAAACAUUGCAGGUCUGGCAGAAAAUCUUAGACGCGGCCUUCCAAAUUCGCUCACAUUUCGACCUGCGCCAAAUUCAUCCACCACUCAGACUCUUCUAACACCACUGUCACAAGUUGACCAGGACUCAUCCAUUGCGCAAGAUCUUCCAUCAUCGUCGUCGUCGUCGUCAUCACAGGCCCAAGUUGGUCUGAACUCAUCCUCUGCACAAGAUCUUACAACUCCACAGUCACAAGUUGAUCAGGACUCUACCAACACCACCCAUACUCUUCCAACGUCACAGACUCAAGUUCAUCAGGGCACACACAUUACUCAAGAUCUCCCAGCGUCACAGUCUCAAGUUGACCAAGACUCAGCCACCACUCAGACUCUACAAACGUCACAGUCUCAAGCUCAUCUGAGCUCAUCCUCUACUGAAGAUCUCUCAAACUCGUCCAGUGCAGAAGAGGGCGACAACGACGACGACGACUACGCCUCAGAGGAGGCUGAAGAGGACGGGGAAUGGCAGGCCCCCGAAGACAUGUGGUCUUCAGAUGGCGAAGAAGAGGAGGAGGAUGAGGUGCGCGUCAACCUGGACGAGGUUGACGCCCCGGUUGCGGAACAACUCCGCGCGGGGCUCGCUCACUUAAGCGAGGCCCGUGUCCAGAUCGACGUCCUCGACGGCGAUCUCCCAGUUGGCGCCGUCAGGGGCAACCCAGCGGCCGUCCGCGCCCGCGCGGGUCUCCUCUCUGCAGAGGGCGAGAUCCUAGGUGCGGUCGGUCAGCUGUGGACGACCCUGGCAGAGGCGCGGGAGGUCGCCGUCGACGCUGAGGAGGGGUUUAGACAGCUCCAAGACGAGGUCCGCCGCCUCACAGCUGAGUACCUCGCUGCUCAGAUCGAUGCCGCUCUUGCAAGGGAGCGUGCGGACUCUAGCGAGGCUCUCCUUGAGAGAGCUGAGUUAGAGAUCGCCGCUCUUCGCGAGCAGCUUCGAGACGAGCAGCAUUGA